CAGAGCGGCGGAACAUCUGUGCGUGUUUGAUCCCGUCCCGGUUCGGUUCGGUUCACUCAGGGCUGAUACCGCUCCGCUGCGUCCGCUGAAGUGAUGUGAAGGAACAGAACACCUGGACUUCCGGGAGUGGCGGCGGAAUGUUUGUGAGUUUCAGCUCGCGCGCUGUUUGAGCACAGCUGGAGCGCGAGCGCUGUCCGAGGUGCUGAAAACAUCUGGAGCCGUGAAAAGAGCGCAGGAGAACGGUGCUUCGGAUCGGGUUCGGUGCCGUAUUUGCACCGGGUUCCUGGGUCGGGACAUGAGCAGGAAUCGCGUCUCCGCUGCGGGAUCUCUGCUGGUCUGGAAACUGCUGCUAUUCGCCAGCAUGAGUCGGUCCAAGGAGCUGGAUGGACCUACGAGGACCCGGCACGCUCCGAUGUCUCCUUCUGACUUUCUGGACAAACUGAUGGGACGCACAUCCGGAUACGACGCCCGAAUCAGACCCAACUUCAAAGGUCCUCCGGUGAACGUUUCCUGUAACAUUUUCAUCAACAGCUUUGGCUCCAUCGCUGAGACCACCAUGGAUUACCGUGUGAACAUCUUCCUCCGUCAGCAGUGGAACGACCCCAGACUGGCCUACGCCGAGUACCCGGACGACUCCCUGGACCUGGACCCGUCCAUGUUGGACUCUAUCUGGAAACCGGAUCUGUUCUUUGCCAACGAGAAGGGAGCCCACUUUCAUGAAGUCACCACGGACAACAAGCUGCUGCGGAUAUUUAAGAACGGGAAUGUUUUGUAUUCCAUUAGACUGACUCUGACGCUGUCGUGUCCCAUGGAUCUGAAGAACUUCCCUAUGGAUGUUCAGACUUGCAUCAUGCAGCUGGAGAGCUUCGGUUACACCAUGAACGACCUGAUCUUUGAAUGGCAGGAAAAUGGACCGGUUCAGGUGGCCGAGGGCCUGACCCUUCCUCAGUUCAUCCUCAAAGACGAAUCGGACCUCAGAUACUGCACCAAGCACUACAACACAGGUAAGUUUACCUGCAUCGAGGUGCGCUUCCACCUGGAGCGCCAGAUGGGGUACUACCUGAUCCAGAUGUACAUUCCCUCUCUGCUCAUCGUCAUUCUGUCCUGGGUCUCUUUCUGGAUCAACAUGGAUGCUGCCCCGGCGCGGGUGGCGCUCGGCAUCACCACUGUACUGACAAUGACCACACAAAGCUCUGGAUCCAGAACGUCGCUGCCAAAGGUGUCCUAUGUGAAGGCCAUAGACAUCUGGAUGGCUGUGUGUCUCCUGUUUGUCUUCUCGGCGCUGCUGGAGUACGCUGCGGUCAACUUUGUGUCCCGACAACACAAAGAGCUGCUGAGGUUCAGACGACAGAACAAGAGCAAGAACAAGAACAGUGGCGUUGAUCCAGAGGAGCUAGCUGAGUCUCUGCGUCGCGUUAAUGGCCUCAGACCACCAUCAGAACAUCUGCACGGAUCAGUGAGCAACCUCAGCGCCAGCCAGCACAGGGAAGGGGAGGUCCAUGAGAGCCGUCUGACCUCCGCGGCAGCGGUGACCUCCACCCCCAGCAGCACUAAAGACUCAAAGGUCAGCACCAACAACGCCGUGGCUGUGCUCGGCACCCCAGCAGGCCCGGCCAACACUACCCAGAAUGCACCUGGAGCCGCCAGAGGAGGUGGUAGGAGCACAGAGGAGAUGAGGAAGCUGUUCAUUGACCGAGCCAAGAAAAUCGACACGGUGUCGAGGGCCGGCUUCCCUCUGGCCUUCCUUUUCUUUAACAUCUUCUACUGGGUGCUUUACAAGAUCCUGAGACACGAAGACUUCCACAAAGUGUAGCGACCACCUGGAACUAGAAUGUUCCAUCAGUUCCAGGUUCUUCCCCGGGAUGGAGCACACCAGAAUCUAAAGACUCAGAACUCUGCUGAUGGAACCAGGUCAUUUAGAUUCAGAGGUGUUUUGGAUCUCAGUUUUAAAAAAGUUAAAUUGUUUUUAAACUGUGAAAUUUGUAGAAGAAUUUGUGAAUUUUAAGGAAUUUUUUCAAUUUCUCAUGUUGGUGUUAAGAUCUUCUGUCUGAGACGAUGAGAAGAAGCUCAGGGAUUGCUGCUGAUGUGUGACUCCAAGAUUCAGAAGGGCUGAAGAUCCAGUUUGUUAAAGAACCAAAACAUCUCUGUUGGUCAUAAAGUCCUGAUCCGGUCUGGAUCUGGUACAGAUCUGGUCCUGAUUGGGUCCUAUUUAGGCUCCUUUUCCAUAAGCUUCAGGCCAGCUGGACUGUUUCAGACCCUGCUUCAGGUCUUUGAUAGGUUUGUGUUUUUGGACCUGACACUGUUAUUUAGUUCUGGUUCUGCUUCUAGACUUGCACUACUUCCUGUUGGUAUCUGUUUCUGGUCAUGUGAUAGUGCUGUGACAUCACCUGUUGUGGUCCUUUUUCAAACAGUAAAACUGGCCCCUGCAUGUCUGCCCCAGGAUUCCAGUUCGACCUCUCUAAAUGAUUCCAGAAUUGAGCUGAGCUCCAUCAGAGGUCCAAGCUGGAGGUCCUGCUGCUGUUGAGGGUUUUGUUACUUCUGCUGGAAGUCCUGUAGCAGUGGUCUUGCUGCUGCUGGAGGUCCUCCAGCUGCUGGAUGUCCUGCUACUGCUGGAGGUCCUCCUGCUGCUGCUGCUGGUUGUCCUCUUUGUACUGGAUGUCCUGUUGCAGUAAUCCUGCAGCUGCUGGAGGUACUGCUGCUGCUGUAGAUCCCCCUGCUGUUGGAGGUUCUGCUGCUGUAGGUCCUGAUUCUGCUGGAGGUCCUGCUGCUGCAGGAGGUCCUGUUAGAAAGAAGAAAGAAAGAAAACAAUCUUUUAAAUAGCGGCCUCUCUAGAUAAAAAUCAUGAGGCGCUUCACAAACAAACAAACAAACAAACAAACAAAAGCUGUUGCAGUGGUCCUGCUGCUGCUGCUGGAGGUGAGCUCCACCUGAGUGUGAUCAUCUCAGCAAAAGAUUGUUCCCCUCUGGUUCCUCAGAAGCACAUUUCUGAAUCAUCACAACAACAUUCCUGCAUCUGAGCUGAUAAAUGUCACAAUAAACGGAUCGGGUUUCCCAACCAGCUCGAUCUGAUCAGGCCAAACAGCUGAUGAAGGAUCAUCUCACCAUGUGUGAUAAAUGUAACGUGUGAGGGAUCCGUCAGCGAUUUCUGUUUCACUGUAAACAUGAACGUUAUUUUUCUACACAUAAAUGCUUUGUGUUCCAGAUGUUUGUGAUGAAGAUGAAGGUCCGUUGCUCGUUUGUUCAUCUGGAGGAACCAGAUGUUCUAACAGAAAAUGCGGUUUUGGACUUUUUGUGUUUUUUUGGGUUUGUGAUGUUGGGUCCUGUUCCCUCUGGCUGUUAGGAUGUGGAACAUCUGGUUCUGGUUCUGGUGGGACUUUAAUUACGUAAAAAAUAUUUGUUUUUCUACGAGUUUUAGUGACUUCGGUGAGAAUUUACAAUUUUGAAGUGUAAAAUAAUUAAACACCAACGAAACGA